CACCAACACCACGCGAAGCGACUUUACUCGUCCUUGCAGCUGCCCACCUCGCGGCUAGUAGCUAGAAGAUCUACACCGUUUGGCGCGCCCUUGACAAGCGGGGGAGCUUUGCUAAUGAGCUCCUAAGAGACCCCAGAGCUGCAGCCUCGUGAGCACCUCGGUAAUCUAUCUCCAACUGCAAGGCUGCUUCUGUUCAUGACGGCACGAAGUCGUCACCUCGAAUAAACGACCGACACUCAGCUGUUUCCUGCAGCAUACAUGGAAGAUAAGACAAGAUGGUCCUCCUCACAACCACACCUCGCAUUCUCUCUGCCAUCUCCUCCCUCUCUUCCGAUGAUCGCUCGUCCCUCACAGAUCUGCCCACAACAUGCGGCCAGGCAGUCGAGCACACUACGCUCAUCGCCAUGUCCCGCCUCAGUAAAACAACCACUCUCAACAGCCUCCUCCGCGGCACCCACAUCUAUGUCCCUCCGCCACCGCCAAAACCUCAGCCAUCACCAGAAUACGUCGCACUCAUGGCAAAAUUGCGGCGAGAACAAGAACAGCGCGAAUAUGCCUCCCUCCUUUCCAAUUCCGCGUCAAGUUCCCUCAAUACCGACCGAGAAGAUGAAGAUGACGACAUCUCCUCUUCGCUGGUCCUCAAUAUCUUUCUCAGCAUAAUCCUCUGUGCGGCCGCAAUAUUCUACUUGACACGAUGGUGGGCCAACGACGGCUUACGAGUGCUCUUGUCUCUAGCCACGGGGAUUGUGGUGGGGGUCGCUGAAGUUGGCGUAUAUGCUGCCUAUCUGAGGAAAGUCAAGAUGAGCAGGGACAAGGAGAGAAGGAAGAAAGAGCGGAAGGUUGUCCUGGGGGAGUAUACGGGUUCAGAAACAGGAGGAAUAGCCUUGGACGCCAAAGGCACACCUGUCUCUGUCGAUGUGGGUGCAAUUAUGGAAAAGGAAGAGAUAUGGGGAAAGGGAAUUAACGGCGGGAUGAGAAGGCGCGUGAGGGAGAAAUGGCAGAGAGAUCAAGAGAAGACCAAAAUAUGAAAUAAUAUGAGAUGUAUUAGCGACAACAGAGCACCUUGCCUGGCACCCAAUUUAUAUGUAGCCUUUACGACAACUUCUUUGUUUCCUCGCACACC